UCACCAUCCAUCUCCACACACCAGCCUAAUUGCCUAAUUGAACACCCCCCCCACCACCACCAAUCAGGUGAUAGAUCUUUUCUGUAGGUGGGUAGCCAUGGCCAAUCCUUCCUACUACCAAACUGGCCCUGUCAGCCAGGAGGUCCAGGAGAAGGAGCAUCUCCUCCACCUGUACAUGUACCAGCGCUUAGAAGGAUCACCAGAUGGUAACCAGAAAGUUAUAGUGAAUCCAAACCUCCCCCAUUUGUUUGGCUGUCUGGCUGUUAACGACUGGGCCAUAUAUGAUGGCAUUCUACCCAAUGCAAACCUUGUCGCACGUGCCCAAGGCCACCAUAUUGGGGCUGGCAGCAGUGGCGAAAGCUGGACGUUUCUUACCAACUUUGUGUUCGUCGAUAAGAGGUUUAAGGAGUCCAGCCUUCAGGUGCUUGGGACUAUAGUACAAGAAACACCACAAAUAGGCGAGUGGGCAAUCAUCGGUGGCACUGGAGAGUUUGCAUUUGCACAAGGGAUCGUCAGCUUCAAGAAGAUCCAAGAGCUAAACAGAGCCAACAUCAGGGAGCUGAAUAUCCGCGCUAUCUGUCGCUCCUUCCCCAAACCGACCCCAGUCAAAGUUGGACCGUUGGGAGGGAAAGGAGGGCAAGCUGUUGACAUCCCAGAGCCACCUAAGAGUCUACUGAGUGUGACAAUCCGAAGCGGGGCUGUGAUUGAUUCAAUUGCAUUUACCUAUGUUGACCAAGCUGGUAAGAGCCAAUCGGCUGGUCCAUGGGGUGGUUCUGGUGGUGCUGCCGAAACGAUCCUGCUAGCUCCUAACGAGACCGUGAAGAAAGUUUCUGGAACAACUGGUGACUUUAAUGGAGCCACUGUUGUGACAUCACUUAGCAUUGUCACCAAUGUUAAAACAUAUGGACCUUUCGGAAAUGUAAACGGCUCUCCGUUUAGCAUCCCCGAGAAGGAUGGUGGCAGCGUUGUUGGCUUCUUUGGGAGCUUCGGUUCACUUGUCGACGCGCUUGGAGUUUAUGUUGCAUGAUCCAUCAAUUGUAAACUAGAUUGAGGUGUUUCUAAGAAAUAAGUUGCUUUCCAGAGUACCAACAAUAAGGAUGGACAUGUUGUCCUCAUUAGUCAUUACAUUUACGCCUUACUUUUCUUACACCGUGUGUGCUUUAACCAUGUUGUAUGGGAAAAAUAAAGUUCUAAGUUAAGUGAUGUUAUUUCGUCUCA